UUGAGCCUCGGAAACUCAAUCCUUGUAUAUUCAACGGAGAGAGAUCUGCGAGAGAAAGAGAGAUCAGAUUCCGGUGUUCCAAGGAAGCACAUAUUUUAAGAUCCAGAAUCGCCUGAGAGAUGUCUACCUUCAGUGGCGAUGAGACCGCUCCUUUCUUCGGCUUCCUUGGCGCUGCCGCUGCGCUCGUCUUCUCAUGUAUAUCCAUCUAUACUCUCUUAUAAUCUCCAUCUUCUUCUUUUCUCUUUGGUUCUGAAUUGUUCACUGAUCUUGUGUGUGUUUGUUGUUCUCAUGAUCUCCCUCAAAGUUGCUUUUGUGCUUUAGAUCGGCCCUGAGAAGUUCACCGAUCUGUGUGUUGCUCAUGAUUUUUCUUAGAAAUUUCUCUCUAGAUUUGUUUAGGCUAAGCGAUAUCACUGAACUAUUAUAUGUCUCUCCUUUUCGAAAAUUCUAGUUUAUUAUCUUUAGUCAGUGGAUCAAAUUCUUAUGGAACUGCUCUACGCUGGUUUUAAAUCCUUUUUCUUUGUCUUUUCUCCAUUGGUGAUGUAGUCUAGGCUGAUCUUCUAGAAACUAAGACUUUUUGGCUUAGAUCUGUAUGUGUUGAAUUUCUUGGUGUCCCCGACAAAAAAAAAAGAAUUUCUUGGUGUCCUGUUCUUUGUCCAACAUAUCGAAAUUACCUAGGGAAAUUUGCUGGAGUUGCCAGGUUUUGUGAUUGCUGUGACUGGUAUGGGAGCUGCGUACGGGACAGCAAAGAGUGGUGUGGGAGUGGCAUCUAUGGGUGUGAUGAGGCCGGAGUUGGUGAUGAAGUCUAUUGUCCCAGUUGUUAUGGCUGGUGUGUUGGGUAUCUAUGGUUUGAUUAUUGCUGUUAUCAUCAGUACCGGGAUUAACCCCAAGGCUAAAUCCUACUACCUCUUCGACGGAUAUGCUCAUCUCUCUUCUGGUCUUGCUUGUGGGCUAGCUGGUCUUUCAGCUGGAAUGGCCAUAGGUAUCGUUGGCGAUGCUGGUGUCAGGGCCAAUGCUCAACAGCCAAAGCUUUUCGUUGGUAUGAUUCUUAUCCUCAUUUUCGCUGAAGCUCUUGCUCUAUACGGUCUCAUCGUCGGGAUCAUUUUGUCCUCCCGAGCUGGUCAGUCCAGAGCCGAAUGAGAAAAGAGUGCGGUUCUUGAAGUCCGCAUGAUUCUUUCUUCCCCUUUUCACCGGUCUCUUCAUAGAGCCGGGAUCUUCUUAUAUUGUUUGUCAGGUUAGUAGAGAGACACAGUGGUUUUGUUCCUUGUGGCAUGUCUUCUCGAAACAAAAACCACACAUCAUCAUCAAAAGCGUUGUUCCGUUUUCACCCUUCUGUUAUGUUUGUAAUGAGACCGUUGCGGAUUCUUCUGUUCCCAGUAAGAUAACUGUGGGAGACACCCUAUUUAUAUCGUUUAUCAUUUUCCUAAUAAAAUUCCAGAAAAACUCGAUUUGAUCUUGUUUAUGAAACUUUUUUGAAUAUUUUUCUGUUUUGUUUUUGGGUUUUAUCGUGUAUAUAUAUAUAUAUAUAUAUUUGUCGACCAGUUUAAUUUCGUU